AAGAGGGCUUAGUUGCAAGAUGGCGUCCAAAAAUGAGGAUAAGGCUGUUGUCAUCGCAAAAACGCCGUCCGAACUUCAAAGAAUGAGACUAGAUAAACUAAUGAAAAAUCCAACGAAAGAAGUCAUCAUUCCUGAUAAAUCUAAGGACUGGAAUCCUCGCGGUCCACAAGAAUUCAUCAGAAAUGUUUGGGGUUCCAGUGCAGGAGCAGGUAGCGGUGACUUCCAUGUCUACCGUGGUGUGAGGAGAAGGGAGUACGCCAGACAGAAGUUUAUCACAGAAAAGGCUAAGAAGGACAAGCAGGACGUGGAGUACGAGAAGAGGGUGGAGGAGAACAGGAAGGCUGCCGAUGAGAGGACAUCCAAGAAGAGGGCGAAAAGGAUGAAAAAGAAAAAACAGAAGACCAAGAAACCAAGGAAGGAGGAGAAGAAAGCCGAGUCUGAAGAAUCUGAGGACGAGAGUGAUGAAGAGCAGGAUGAAGACAAGAACGGACAAGCCGAGGUCCGGGUGGAGAAAGGAGACAAUGAUGAAGAUGUAAAGAGGUGACAGGGAACACCUUGUGUGGAGGCCAGCUACAGAAGAAAAUGCAAUAAAGACACAGGAGAAUCUCAUCCUUGAGGGUCAUUUUCACCUCUGAUCAUAUGUUUAUAUGUUCUGACAAAUAUACCAUUUUGUUGAGGUGAAGUUGACCCUAUCUAUGUAAGGAUGAUAGAAUUUAUGGAAACAAAUGUCUCUCCCUUCAUAUCUGUGAGACGGAGUGAGAACAACAGGCAUCACAGAACAUGAGCAAAGAUCCCUGAGAAGUUUUGGAGCAGGAUAAUGCACUUGCACUGUGGAAUCCUGUUACAGUUAUCAGUUACCUUACUUUUACUCUGACCCAUGAAGAUUCGGGGUAGAACAGGUAUUCAGCAACCAAUGCUUGCCGCAAAUGGCAACUAUGCUUGUCGUAAGAGGCGACUAAUGGGAUCCGGUGGUCAGGUUUGCUGACUUGGUUGAUG